ACACAGACUAAAGCAAGUGCGUGCUGCAGGCAUCUCGAUCUGGAUAUCAGAGCCAAGACUUGCGACGGGAUUUCUGGGCCGUGAGAGCGGGCGUUGGUGCAAGGGGGGGAGAAGAGACAACGAAGCUCGGCUAGCAUUGAUGCGGUCAAGAUGUUCGCUUGCUACGCUCUGCCUUCUAAGAAAGGGCGGAUGGAUUGAGGGAGAGAGCGAUAGGGGGAGAGCGAUUGGGAGAGAGCGUGUUUGUGAUGCUGUGAUUUUCGGCCUUCUCAGCCUUCUCAGCCUUCUGAAGGCCUUCUUAUGGGCCAAGCUGGAGCUAUUUGGUUGGUGUUUGGGAUUACAAUGCUGCUCUCUCUCCUGCUUUAUCUGCCGACCUCAUUUGUGGCUACUACUACUGCAUGCAACCAUCGACAAAAGCACAUAGGCGCCGCGGAUGGAUUACUGCCGCUUCCUACACCGCUUUCUUCCGGGUAAUUUUUUUUAACCUCCCCCCCGGUCAAGACAGCAGAACCAAGAAAAAGAACAACGAAAAGAAAAGUAGAGCCGGGGCCAGGGGUUCCCAGCCUCUCUAAACCCCCUUUGGGCUUUGGAACAGCACGAAAGCAUUAGCGGGCCGCCUAUUGUGUCGUGAGCCUGCGACUUAUUUGUCUUGGUGUUCUCACGGGGAAUGCGUUCUCACGGGAGAAAGGGAGAGCAGGGAGAUCUAGCUGGGACGACUAUUACGGAAAAGAAUCAAAGUGCUG